GCCCCGGGCGGGACCAGGAGGGGGCGACGGGGCUCGGCCCGUGCCGUGCCGGGAGAGAGGCGGCGACGGGCACACGCACACCCAGGCCAAUAAAGAUGAAACUCUUAUAAAAAUGCCCUGAGAAGAAAAGGAGAAGGAAGAGAUUAGAACACUGCUGACUUUGAAACAACUUGGCCUUAGAUGCUGAUUCUCACAAUGGAUCAAAGGAAAAAUGAUAGCUUUGUUCCAAGUAUCACUCAAUUGGAAGAUUUUCUAACAGAGCAUAACUCCAAUGUAGUUUGGCUUCUUGUUGCUACAAUUUUGUCCUGUGGGUGGAUUAUAUAUCUCACUUAUUAUAAUUCCCGGAAUGUUGGACUUAUCUUAACGUUGGUUCUUAACAGAUGGUACAAGAAUGGCUACAUCCAUAUUGGUUCGUUUUCUUUCUCUGUCCUUUCUGGAAAAGUGAUGGUUCGAGAAAUCUAUUACAUCACUGAGGAUAUGUCUGUUAGAAUUCAAGAUGGAUUUAUCAUUUUUCGGUGGUGGAAAAUGUAUAACCCCAAACAGAAGCAACAUGAUCCAAAGGCAGAGACUAGAUUGUACAUCACAGUUAAUGACUUUGAAUUUCAUGUCUACAAUCGUUCUGAUCUUUAUGGACAACUUCAAGAAUUGUUUGGUUUGGAGCCAACCAUAAUUCCAUCCAAAAAAGAUAGCGAAAGAGUACUGGAGAAUGGGAGAGAGAGGACACGGUCCAACAUCGAAAGAGUUAAAGUAAGAACAGAAUCUCAAGAUCCCUCAUCUUCAUGGAGGUCUCUUAUUCCAGUCAUAAAGGUCAACGUGAGCACUGGUCGUUUGGCAUUUGGGAAUCAUUACCAACCACAGACUCUCUGUAUUAACUUUGAUGAUGCUUUUUUAACAUACACUACAAAGCCACCAUCCAGCCACCUUGAUCAGUUUAUGCAUAUCGUGAAGGGAAAACUAGAAAACGUUAGAGUCAUGCUUGUGCCCAGUCCCCGAUAUGUUGGUCUUCAAAAUGAUGAGCCACCACGAUUAAUGGGAGAAGGUUUUGUUGUGAUGCAAUCCAAUGAUGUUGACAUUUACUACUAUAUGGAUGAACCAGGCCUGGUCCCAGAAGAAACUGAGGAAACAAUUGAGGGAGAAAUGAGCAGUGAGGAUAGUAAAUUGCAAGACUUGCCUCCCUGUUGGGGAUUGGAUAUAGUUUGUGGUAAAGGAACAGAUUUCAAUUAUGGACCUUGGGCUGACCGACAGAGAGAUUGUUUGUGGAAGUUUUUUUUCCCACCCGAUUACCAAGUUAUGAAAAUUUCUGAAAUUGCCCAGCCAGGGAAACCAAGGCAAAUCCUUGCUUUUGAGCUGCGGAUGAAUAUCAUUGCAGAUGCCACAAUUGAUUUGUUGUUCACAAAAAAUAGGGAAACAAAUGCUGUGCAUGUAAAUGUUGGAGCUGGGUCAUAUUUAGAAAUCAACAUUCCUAUGAUAGUAGGAGAAAAUGGUUAUACCCCUGCAAUUAAAGGACAACUUUUACAUGUUGAUGCUACCAGCAGUAUGCAAUAUCGGACCCUUUUAGAAGCAGAAAUGUUAGCAUUCCAUGUCAAUGCCAGCUAUCCUCGAAUAUGGAAUAUGCCCCAGACGUGGCAGUGUGAGCUUGAAGUUUAUAAAGCAACCUAUCACUUCAUCUUUGCUCAGAAAAACUUCUUUACAGAUUUAAUUCAAGACUGGUCUAGUGAUAGUGCCCCUGAUAUUUUUUCAUUUGUUCCAUAUACAUGGAAUUUUAAAGUUAUGUUUCAUCAAUUUGAAAUGAUUUGGGCGGCAAAUCAGCACAACUGGAUUGAUUGUUCUACCAAACAACAAGAAAAUGUUUAUCUUGCAGCCUGUGGAGAAACAUUAAAUCUUGAUUUUUCUUUGCCUUUUACUGACUUUGUUCCAACUACUUGCAAUACCAGAUUCACUUUAAGGGGAGAAGAUGUUGAUCUUCAUUUGUUUCUACCAGAUUGCCAUCCUAGUAAAUAUUCAUUAUUCUUGUUGGUGAAAAAUUGUCAUCCAAAUAAAAUGACUCCUGAUUCUUGUAUUCCUGCUGAGUGUCAGAGUGGCCAGAAAACAGUGAAACCAAAAUGGCGAAACAUCACCCAAGAAAAGACUGGCUGGGUUGAAUGCUGGACUGUCCCAAGUGUGAUGCUUACCAUUGACUACACUUGGCAUCCAAUUUAUCCUCAGAAGGCGGAUGAACAGUUAAAGCAAUCAUUGUCAGAAAUGGAAGAAAACAUGUUAUCCGUACUAAGACCAUCUCAGAAAGCAUCAGACAGAGUUGUUUCUUCUCCCACAACCUCUUCACGCCCACCUAUUGAUCCAUCAGAACUUCCACCUGAUAAGCUUCAUGUAGAAAUGGAACUCUCUCCAGAUUCUCAGAUAACCCUGUAUGGACCUCUGUUGAAUGCCUUUCUGUCUAUAAAGGAGAAUUACUUUGGAGAAGAUGACAUGUAUAUGGACUUUGAAGAAGUUAUUUCAAGCCCUGUCCUAUCACUCUCAACCUCAUCCAGUUCUGGCUGGACUGCUGUUGGAAUGGAACAUGACAAAAAAGAAAAUGAGACUUCAGCUAAACCAGUCCAUCCCCUUACCUUGCGUCCUUGGGACAUUACUGUGCUUGUGAACUUAUAUAAGGUUCAUGGACGCCUUCCUGUUCAUGGAAGUACUGAUGGUCCUGAAUGCCCAACAGCUUUCUUGGAAAGAUUGUGUUUUGAAAUGAAAAAAGGAUUUAGAGAAACUAUGCUGCAACUUGUUUUGUCCCCACUAAAUGUAUUUGUGAAUGACAACUACCAGCAGCGACCUCCUGUGGAUGAAGUGCUCAGAGAAGGUCACAUCAGCCUGUCAGGUCUGCAGCUCCGAGCACAUGCCAUGUUUUCAGCAGAAGGUCUUCCUCUGGGAAGUGAUUCUUUAGAAUAUGCAUGGUUAAUUGAUGUCCAGGCUGGGUGUCUGACAGCUAAGGUUACAGCACCACAGCUGGCUUGUCUCUUGGAAUGGGGAGAGACAUUUGUUUUUCAUGUGGUUUGCCGAGAAUUUGAGCUGGAAAGACCAAAAUCUGUAAUAUUAUGUCAGCAUGGAAUUGAUCGUCGCUUUUGUGAAUCUAAGAUGAGUUGUGUUCCUGGCCCUUGUUCAACCUCAGAUGACUUGAAAUACACUAUGACCCGUUUAGCGGUAGAUGGUGCUGAUCUUUAUGUUGUAGAGCAUGGCUGUGCUACAAAUAUAAAGAUGGGUGCCAUACGAGUUGCAAAUUGUAAUCUCCAUAAUCAGUCAGUUGGGGAAGGAAUAAGUGCUGCAAUUCAAGAUUUUCAAGUGAGACAAUACAUCGAGCAGUUAAGUAAUUGCAGAAUUGGUCUUCAGCCUGCACUCCUGAGGAGAGCUUAUUGGCUUGAGGCAGGAUCAGUCAAUAUAGGACUUGUCACUGUUGAUAUUGCUUUGGCUGCUGAUCACCAUUCCAAACAUGAGGUACAAAGACAUUUCUUAGAAACUCAUGACAGAAGAACCAAGAGGUUGUGGUUUUUGUGGCCAGAUGACAGUGUGAAGAAUAAAAGGAGCCGGAACAAAUGUGGUUGUUUAGGAGGCUGCAGGUUCUUUGGAGGCACAGUUACUGGUCUUGACUUCUUCAAGCUGGAUGAGCUCACUCCAUCCAGCAGUUCGGCCUUUUCUAGCACAAGUGCAGAGUCUGACAGGUGUUAUGGGCAGUCUCUCCUGCAGCCUGGAGAAUGGAUUAUUACCAAAGAAAUACCCAAAAUUGUUGAUGGUAAAAUAAAUGGCACAAAAAGGAAAGACUGGGACAGCAAGUCAGUAGGGAUAGAAGUUGAGAGGAAAGCUCAUUCCCUGAGCCUUCAAGUACCUCUGCGUUCCCACAGCUCAUCUUCUUCCUCUGAGGAGAACAGCAGCUCCAGUGCAGCCCAGCCCUUAUUAGCUGGAGACAAAGAGAGUCCUUCUUCUGUCACUGAAGAGCCCAUGGUUCAAAAGGAUGCCUUGCUUGCUUCUAAAAGAGAAGAUGGCCAAGGAAGCAUCUCUGCAGAAGUUUCAGGAAAUAGUCCUGUUUCUCCAAAUACUCAGGAUAAGUCUGGAGUUCAGUCUCCCCUUAGAUCCCCCUUAAAGCGACAAGCAUCUGUGUGUUCUACCAGACUUGGAAGCACCAAGAGCCUGACUGCAGCAUUCUAUGGCGACAAGCAGCCUGUGACGGUUGGAGUUCAGUUCAGUAGUGAUGUCUCCCGAAGUGAUGAAAAUGUACUUGAUUCUCCCAAACAGAGGAGAAGCUUUGGCUCCUUCCCAUACACACCAUCAGCAGAUUCAAACUCAUUUCAUCAAUACCGCUCAAUGGAUUCCAGCAUGUCAGUGGCUGAUAGUGAAGCCUAUUUUUCUGCAGCUGAGGAAUUUGAACCAAUAAGCAGUGAUGAAGGCCCAGGAACUUAUCCUGGGCGAAAAAAAAAGAAAAAACAGGCACAGCAAAUUGACUAUAGCAGGGGUUCCAUCUAUCACAGUGUUGAAGGACCACUUUCAGGUCAUGGAGAAAGCAUUCAGGACACACAGAGUCUGCCAAUCAAAACUCAUCCAUCUCAAGCUUCUUUUGUUUCAGCUCUAGGAGGUGAUGAUGAGCUUGGAGAACAUUUGUAUAUGACAGAAGGUGAGAAAACCACCGAAAGAGAGCAGAUCACUUCUCAGCAGCCUGUCAUGAGUUGUUAUCAGACUUAUCUUACUCAAUUCCAAGUGAUUAAUUGGUUAGUUAAGCACCCCACAAACAAAAGAACAUCAAAAUCCUCAUUGCACCGACCAUUGGAUCUAGAUACACCAACUAGUGAAGAAAGCUCCUCCUCUUUUGAACAUCUCUCUGUUCCAACUUUCAAGGUUAUCAAACAAGGCCUCACAGCUAAUUCUUUACUAGACAGAGGCAUGCAGCUCACAGGAACAACGUCAAAUACUCCAUAUACCCCCUUGGAAAAGAAAGUUAUGGAUAAUACAGAUGAUGAAACAUUAACAGAAGAGUGGUCCUUGGAUCAACCAGUGUCCCAGACUAGAACAACAGCCAUCGUAGAAGUGAAAGGAACUGUAGAUGUUGUUUUGACUCCUCUAGUAGCUGAAGCUUUAGACAGAUAUAUUGAAGCAAUGGUUCAUUGGGCUAGUACCCGACACCCAGCUUCAAUUGUGGAUCAUCUUCAUUCAAAGGUCCUGAGAGAAGCCGUACAGAAUAGCAAGACAACUUUCUCUGAAAAUUUGUCUUCUAAGCAGGAUAUUAGAGGAACAAAAACUGAGCACCCAAACACAGUACGUGCCAACCAAGGACAAGCACAGACAAAUCUUGGGCCCAAGCAAGAUAAUGUAACCAUCAAAGGUCUUCAGGCCAAUGUUAGCAUUCCCAAGGUAAACUUGUGUUUAUUGCAAGCAUCAGUAGAAGAAUUUCCUACAGCUUCUGGGAGAAGUGUGACUCAUGUUUCCCUUGUGGCAUUAUGUUUUGAUAGAAUUGCAACACAAGUUCGUAUGAAUAGAGGUGUGGUUGAAGAUACAUCAAACUGUACAGAACCUGGCAGGACGUCAAACCUAGAAAGAUAUGUCCAUGCCAGCAAAAUGCAGCCUCAGUCGUCUGGUUCUUUGAGAUCAAAUGCUGGAGCAGAAAAAGGCAAAGAAAUUGCUGCCAAGUUAAACAUCCAUAGAGUACAUGGACAGCUUAGAGGCCUUGAUACAACAGAUAAUGGGACCUGCGCCAUUACUGCUAUUCCUUUUGAAAAGUCAAAGGUUUUAUUUACUCUUGAGGAGUUGGAUGAAUUUACUUUUGUGGAUGAAACUGAUCAUCAAGCUAUUCCAGAUGUAACUCGAGUCGGGCCUAGCCAAGAAAAGUGGGGCUGGAUCAUGUUUGAGUGUGGCUUGGAAAACCUGACAAUAAAAGGAGGAAGACAAUCUGGUGCUAUUUUAUACAAUACUAUUGGAAUUAUGGGUAAAUCUAAUGUCACAGAAAGAGGUGGACUGCUGACAUCCAAUAAUUCUUCUGAUUCCCCAACGGGCAGUGGUUAUAAUACUGAUGUAUCUGAUGAUAAUCUUCCUUGUGACCGAAUAAGCCCUUCCUCAGACAUAAAUGGAAAUUCUAUUUCAGAUGAACAGGACGAAGGAGUUGAAUCAGAUGAUUUGAAAAAAGAUCUCCCCUUAUUGCCUCCCCCACCAGAUUCCUGCAGUAUGAAGUUGACUAUCAAAGAAAUUUGGUUUAGUUUUGCUGCUCCAACCAAUGUGAGGUCACCUGCACACACCUUUUCUAGGCAGCUGAAUCUUUUAAGUACUGCUACACCUGCUGUAGGUGCUUGGCUUGUUCCCAUUGAUCAACUGAAAUCAUCUUUAAACAAAUUAGAAACUGAAGGAACAUUAAGAAUUUGUGCUGUCAUGGGAUGUAUAAUGACAGAGGCUUUGGAGAAUAAAAGCAUGCACUUUCCUUUAAGAAGCAAAUACAACAGACUUACUAAACUCGCUCGUUUUCUCCAAGAAAAUCCUUCAUGUUUACUUUGCAACAUCCUACACCACUACCUCCACCAGGCAAAUUAUUCCAUCAUUGAUGAUGCCACAAUGAGUGAUGGUCUUCCUGCCUUAGUAACUUUAAAAAAAGGUCUCGUUGCACUUGCAAGGCAAUGGAUGAAAUUCAUUGUAGUCACACCAGCUUUUAAAGGUGUCAGUUUACACAGGCCAGCUCAGGCCUUGAAACCCCAAGCUAUGGUGAGCCAUGAGCAUGAGGAUGGACUGGGACUAGACAGUGGUGGUGGUCUUCAGAGUGAUACCAGUGCUGAUGGUGCCGAAUUUGAAUUUGAUGCAGCAACCGUCAGUGAACACACAAUGCUUCUAGAGGGAACAGCCAACCGGCCUCCACAAGGGGGUGUUUCUUCUGGACCUGUAAGUGGAGCUGAGAUCAUGAGGAAAUUGUCAAAGACACACACCCACAGUGACUCUGCUUUAAAAAUAAAGGGUAUACAUCCAUACCAUUCUUUGAGCUACACCAGUGGAGAUACAGCCACAGAUUCACCAGUGCAUGUGGGUCGUUCUGGGAUGCCUGUCAAAGAAAGUCCAAGGAAGGAGAGUCUACUUAGUUAUUUGACUGGGAGUUUUCCAAGCUUGCAUAAUCUCCUGGAAGGGACUCCUCAGAGAAGUGCUACAACAGUUAAAAGUAGUUCUUUGACAAGAACAGGUAUUCUUUCUAGAAACACAGUAGCCACAGACAUGUUAUCUGAACAUCCUUUGCUAUCUGAGCCUUCCUCUGUCAGCUUCUAUAAUUGGAUGUCAAAUGCUGUGGGCAAUCGAGGAAGUGUGGUACAAGAAUCUCCUGCUCCAAAGUCAGGACACAAUAGUCUUCCAACAGGUGUUCCCCCCAACCUUCCUACAAUUCCCUCAGCUUCAGAUUUCAAUACCGUUUUGUCAAGUGACCAAAAUACCUUAGAUGGAACUCAUUCUCAGCAUAGCACAAGUCAGGAUGAUGUAGCAGGAGUUGAAGAAGCAAACCAGGGAUUUCCUGCUGUCCAGCUGGCUGAUGCACAGGUUGUUUUCAAACCACUUCUGAGCCAUACAGGGAUUCAGUCACAGGAUGCAAUGCCACUCUGCUACCGAAUGUACUUUGGAGAACAUCUUUCAUUUUCUGGGGCGUUAGAUUGCCUCAGAGCAGAUAUUGUGGAUUCAGAUACAGCUAAGGAAAGAAGAAGCAAACGAGCAAGACGACAAGGACAUGUCAAUCUUCCUCCACUUGAGUUCAAACCAGCAUUAAUGUUGGAAACCUUCAGCAUCAGUGCUGUUGUAAUGGAGAAGUCAACAUGUACACCUCAGAACUCAACCAAUGCUUUCUCAUUUCAUGACCUCAACAAACGUUAUUUCAACACCUUUCACUGUAAUUUUACUAUUUCCUGUCAGUCAAUAAGCCAGCAUGUAGAUAUGGCUUUGGUUCGCCUUAUUCACCAGUUUAGUACCAUGAUAGAUGACAUAAAAGCCACCCAGACUGACAUCAAACUUAAUAGAUAUACAGCAGGGUCGGCUUCCCCAACACCUACUUUUAAAACCCACAAACAUCGGGACUUUCGUUCUUCUGACUUCAGCCGAAGCUCCAGAGGGAGCCUUAAUGGUGGUGGGAGAGUCAACAAUGCAAAGAAUAAAAGAGCCAAUAAUGAGAACAACAAAAAGGAAUCUCGGAACAAGAAUUCUUUAGGACGGUCUGAAAGAAGAACUUCAAAAGUAUCAAGGAAGGGUUCAAAGGAAGUGGUUGAUCACAUGACUAUCCAUAUGGAUGACUCUGAUUCCAUCACAGUGUCUGAACAAAGUGAACCAUCAGCAGAGUGCUGGCAAAAUAUGUACAAGCUGCUUAAUUUUUAUUCACUCAUCUCUGACCCAACGGGGAUAUUGGAGAAAUCUUCAGAACCUUUUGGUCCAUCUGCAGUUCGGAGCCCUACAGAGCCUCCUUGUAAAGUUGUGUUUGAGAAUGAACAAGACAAUAAUAGCUUGACCAAAACACAAAGGAAGCGGAGCUUGGUUACUUCAGAACCACAGAAUGUUACUCUGAUAGUUUUUGGCAUUGGCAUGGUAAACCGUACACAUCUUGAAGCAGAUAUUGGUGGACUCACAAUGGAAUCAGAAUUGAAGAGAAUUCAUGGGAGUUUUACCCUUAAGGAAAAAAUGAAAGAUGUUUUACAUCAAAAGAUGACAGAGACUUGUGCUACCGCUCAUAUUGGUGGGGUUAAUAUUGUCCUGCUUGAGGGAAUUACACCAAAUAUACAACUGGAAGAUUUCCCUACAUCUCCUACAAGCACCGCCAAACAAGAAUUUCUAACUGUAGUGAAGUGUAGUAUUGCAAAGUCCCAAGCCCUCUAUAGCGCCCAAAGAGGGUUGAAGACAAACAACGCAGCUGUGUUCAAAGUGGGAGCAAUCAGUAUCAACAUUCCUCAGCACCCAGCCACCUUACACAGCAUGAUGGUCCGUAGUUCACACCAACUUUCCAAGCAGAUUUCAGACCUUAUCAGACAACCAUCAGCAGCCCCUCAGGCUACUAAAGAAGAUAUUGCAACCCCCUUGCCUUCUGAAAAAACUCCAAGUGUUAACCAAACUCCUAUUGAAACCAAUGAAUUUCCACAGCUGCCUGAAGGCUUGGAAAAGAAGCCUAUUGUUCUUAAAUUCAGUGCCAUGUUGGAUGGAAUAGCAAUUGGAGCAGCACUCUUGCCAUCUCUAAAAGCAGAGUACAAAAUGGGAAGAAUGAGAAGUCACGGAAUGACAGGUGCACAAACGAGAUUUACCUUUGAGCUGCCAAAUCACAGAUUACGGUUUACUUCAAAAGUUUCUGCCACAGAUAUGUCAACUAUUCCUCCAUCUGCUAGUCUUAAUCUGCCUCCUGUCACUAUGUCAGGGAAAUACAUAAUGGAAGAACAUGACAGUUAUUCAGAUCAAGUGUGGAGUAUAGAUGAGCUUCCCUCUAAACAAGGUUACUAUUUACAGGGAAACUACUUGCGUUGUGUGGCAGAGGUUGGUUCAUUUGAGCAUAAUCUUACAACUGAUCUUCUAAACCAUUUGGUAUUUGUGCAAAAAGUUUUUAUGAAGGAAGUUAAUGAAGUAAUACAGAAAGUUUCUGGUGGAGAGCAGCCUAUCCCUCUCUGGAAUGAGCAUGAGGGCACAGCAGAUGGAGAUAAGCCCAAAAUUCUUCUCUAUUCCUUGAAUCUGCAAUUCAAGGGCAUUCAAGUAACAGCCACAACUCCAUCGAUGAGAGCUGUGAGGUUUGAAACUGGACUGAUUGAAUUGGAACUCUCAAACCGACUUCAAACUAAAGCCUUGCCAGGAGGCAGCAGCUAUCUGAAGCUGUUUGGUAAAUGCCAAGUUGAUUUAAAUCUGGCAUUAGGACAAAUUGUCAAACAUCAGGUUUAUGAAGAAGCUGGUUCUGAUUUUCAUCAAGUUGCCUAUUUUAAAACUAGAAUUGGACUAAGAAAUGCUCUCCGAGAAGAAAUCAGUGGUUCUUCAGAUAGGGAAGCUGUGCUAAUUACUUUGAAUAGACCAAUUGUUUAUGCUCAACCUGUGGCCUUCGACAGAGCUGUGCUGUUUUGGCUCAAUUACAAGGCUGCCUAUGACAAUUGGAAUGAACAGCGGAUGGCACUGCAUAAGGAUAUUCACAUGGCUACAAAGGAGGUGGUCGACAUGUUACCAGGCAUCCAGCAGACAUCUGCCCAGGCUUUUGGGACACUUUUUCUCCAGCUUACCGUGAACGAUUUAGGAAUUUGUCUACCAAUCACAAACACUGCCCAGUCAAAUCAUACUGGUGACCUUGACACUGGUUCUGCUCUGGUAUUGACCAUUGAGAGUACUCUGAUUACUGCCUGCUCUUCAGAGUCCCUCGUUAGUAAAGGUCACUUCAAAAAUUUCUGUAUCCGCUUUGCUGAUGGCUUUGAGACAACUUGGGAUGACUGGAAACCAGAAAUUCGUGGGGAUCUUGUCAUGAAUGCCUGUGUAGUGCCUGAUGGCACUUAUGAAGUCUGCUCAAGAACCACUGGGCAGGCAGCAGCUGAAAGUAGCAGUGCUGGGACCUGGACACUCAAUGUGUUGUGGAAAAUGUGUGGAAUUGAUGUCCAUAUGGAUCCUAACAUUGGGAAGAGGCUGAAUGCUUUAGGAAACACCCUAACCACCUUGACAGGAGAGGAAGAUGUGGAUGACAUUGCUGACCUCAGCUCAGUGAAUAUUGCAGAUCUGUCAGAUGAAGAUGAAACGGACACGAUGUCACCCACUGUGCAUGCUAGUUCAGAUGGAAGUUCAAUAUGUGGAGAUGUCAACAAGCUUACCUUUGGGCAGCGACUUGUAAAUCACCUUCUGGGACUGGCACCCCUAAAUCAGCGUUAUUCUGUUCCUGCAGAAUAUCUGUUUGGAUCAGAGAUGAGUGCUGCCUUUCAGUCCAACCAGACACAUAAGAAAGCAUGCAGGGCUCACUCAUGGGGAAAUGAAGUUGUAGAUUAUCGAAGGCCAGGAGCAUCCUGUACCCAACCAGGGGAAUUGAGAGGGAGGAAAAUCAUGAAGCGCAUUGUGGAUAUUAGGGAACUUAAUGAACAGGCCAAAGUAAUUGAUGAUCUCAAAAAACUGGGUGCAAGUGAAGGAACAAUUAAUCAAGAAAUUCAACGAUAUCAACAGUUAGAGUCAGUUGCAGUGAAUGAUAUUCGUAGAGAUGUCCGCAAAAAAUUGCGAAGGUCCAGUAUGCGGGCUGCUUCACUGAAAGAUAAAUGGGGUCUAGGCUAUAAGCCCAGUUAUAGCCGGUCAAAAAGUAUUGCUGCUUCUGGAAGACCACCUCUUAAACGAACAGAAAGAUCAAGUUCUCGAUUAGGAGAAAAUGAAGAGCUCCCGGAAAUUCGUGUAGAUGCAGCAUCUCCUGGACCCAGAGUAACAUUCAAUAUCCAGGAUCCAUUGAAUAAUACAGUUUGGGGAAAUGCACAACAAUCCCGAUGUCCAGGGGAAGUAUAUUUUAAGUUUCCUGAGGAAACAGAAUUGGACCUUUUGUCAGUAACGAUUGAUGGGCCAUCCCAGUACUCAUCUAACAGUGAGGGAUCAUGCUCAAUGUUUAGUUCACCAAAAACUCCAGGUAUCUUCUCACAAGGUAUUCCAUUCCAAAAUGAAGAGGGGAGACGGGAUGACAGUUUAUCUUCUUCCAGUGAAGAUUCAGAAAAGGAUGAAAAGGAAGAUGAUCAUGAUAGAGAAAGGCACUACAUUUACAGGAAACCCUCCCAUACUUCCCGUAAGAAGGCAACAGGAUUUGCUGCUGUGCAUCAGCUAUUUACUGAACGUUGGCCAACAGCACCUGUCAACAGAAAUUUGAGUGGUACAACUACAGAGAGAAAUAUUGACUUCGAACUUGAUAUUCGAGUUGAAAUUGAUAGUGGAAAAUGUGUCCUGCAUCCUACAACCCUUCUGCAAGAACAUGAUGACAUAAGUUUGAGAAGAAGUUAUGACCGGAGUUCCAGAAGUUUAGAUCAAGAAUCCCCCUCAAAAAAGAAGAAAUUUCAAACAAAUUAUGCUUCUACUACCCAUUUAAUGACUGGCAAAAAAGUGCCAUCAUCUCUGCAGACUAAACCCAGUGAUCUGGAGACAACAGUCUUUUAUAUUCCCGGAGUUGAUGUAAAGCUACAUUACAACUCCAAGACUCUAAAGACCGAAUCACCAAAUGCUUCUAGAGGAUCAUCCUUGCCAAGAACCCUUUCCAAAGAGUCUAAGCUGUAUGCAAAAGGAAAAGGAAGUGGAGGAGUAAAAACAGCAAAAUUAUAUGCCUGGGUAGCUCUUCAGUCACUACCAGAAGAAAUGGUGAUUAGUCCCUGUCUAUUAGAUUUUCUGGAGAAAGCCCUGGAAACUAUCCCCAUUACACCAAUUGAAAGAAACUAUACUGCUGUUAGCUCACAAGAUGAAGACAUGGGGCAUUUUGAAAUACCAGACCCAAUGGAAGAGUCAACAACAUCAUUAGUCUCAUCUUCAACUUCUGCCUACUCCUCCUUCCCUGUGGAUGUCGUGGUCUAUGUCCGAGUUCAGCCUUCUCAGAUCAAAUUCAGCUGUUUACCAGUAUCAAGAGUAGAAUGUAUGCUAAAACUACCUUCCUUGGACUUGGUAUUCUCCUCAAAUCGAGGAGAACUGGAGACUUUAGGUGCCACAUGUUCUACAGAUGCUAUGUCCCCUAGUGGUCAUCCUACUCCAAGUGGAUCAAAAACCUUCACCAACAAAACAGGGAUGCCAGGUUCCUCUGGAUUAGGUAGCCCUCUUGGCCGAAGCCGCCAUAGUAGUAGUCAGUCUGACUUGACCAGUGCCAGCAGCAGUUCAUCUGGACUGAGUUUCACUGCCUGCAUGUCAGACUUUUCACUUUAUGUAUUUCAUCCAUAUGGAGCAGGCAAACAAAAAACUGCUGUUACUGGUCUCACCCCUGGAUCAGGAGGUCUGGGAAAUGUAGAUGAAGAGCCUACCUCAGUCACCGGUCGAAAAGAUUCCCUCAGUAUAAACCUUGAGUUUGUGAAAGUGAGCUUAUCUCGAAUAAGACGUUCUGGAGGCGCCUCAUUUUUUGAAAGUCAGACUGCAAACAAGUCCGCAAACAAAAUGGACACUACAUUAAUAAAUAUAUCUGCUGUGUGCGACAUUGGCUCAGCUUCCUUCAAAUAUGACAUGCGUAGACUGAGUGAGAUACUGGCCUUCCCAAGAGCCUGGUACAGGAGAAGUAUUGCCCGCCGCCUUUUUCUUGGUGACCAAACUAUAAAUUUGCCUGCAUCUGGCCCUGGAACACCGGAUUCCAUUGAGGGAGUGAGUCAACACCUGUCUCCAGAGUCAUCCCGUAAAGCUUACUGCAGGACCUGGGAACAGCCCAGCCAGUCGGCUUCCUUCACCCACAUGGCCCAAUCACCCAAUGUGUUCAAUGAGCACAUGGCAAACAGCAGCAUGUCUCCAGGAGCAACUGCUCAGAAUCUGAAAUCUCCUGCUUCCAUGCGAUCCAGGAGUGUGUCUGACUCUUCAGUUCCACAGAGAGAUUCACUCUCAAGAACAUCUACUCCUUUUAAUAAGUCAAACAAAGCAGCCAGCCAACAAGGUACCCCAUGGGAGACCCUGGUCGUGUUUGCUAUCAACCUCAAACAACUUAAUGUUCAAAUGAAUAUGAGCAAUGUCAUGGGUAAUACAACGUGGACUACCAGUGGUUUGAAAAGUCAGGGUCGUCUGUCAGUAGGAAGUAAUAGAGACCGAGAGAUCAGCAUGUCUGUUGGCCUGGGAAGAUCCCAGUUAGAUUCAAAGGGAGGCGUAGUUGGAGGUACCAUAGAUGUCAACACUUUGGAGAUGGUUGCCCAUAUUUCUGAACAUCCAAAUCAGCAACCAAGUCAUAAAAUUCAAAUUACUCUGGGUUCAACUGAAGCUCGGGUGGAUUACAUGGGGUCGAGUAUCCUCAUGGGUAUUUUCAGUAAUGCAGAUCUCAAACUGCAGGAUGAAUGGAAAGUGAAUCUGUAUAAUACAGUGGAUUCAAGUAUGUCAGAUAAAAGUGAAAUUUUUGUCCAUGGAGAUUUAAAAUGGGAUAUUUUUCAAGUAAUGAUUUCAAGAUCAACUACUCCAGACUUGAUAAAAAUAGGAAUGAAACUCCAGGAAUUCUUCACCCAGCAGUUUGAUACAAGCAAGAGGGCUCUCUCUACUUGGGGACCAGUUCCUUACCUCCCCCCAAAAGCAACAGCCAGUCAUCUGGAGAAGAAUUCACAAGAACUAUUAUUGGAUGCUGCUCAUCACCGCCAUUGGCCGGGAGUUUUGAAGGUUGUAUCAGGAUGCCACAUAUCUUUAUUUCAGAUUCCAUUACCAGAAGAUGGAAUGCAAUUUGGAGGUUCUAUGAGCCUGCAUGGAAAUCACAUGACACUUGCUUGUUUCCAUGGGCCUAAUUUCCGCUCAAAAUCUUGGGCUCUUUUUCAUUUAGAAGAACCAAAUAUUGCAUUUUGGACAGAAGCACAAAAAAUCUGGGAAGAAGGUUCAAGUGAUCAUUCUACAUAUGUUGUCCAGACAUUGGAUUUUCAUCUAGGUCACAAUACCAUGGUCACCAAACCCUGUGGUGCUUUAGAAAGUCCUAUGGCAACAAUAACCAAGAUCACAAGACGUCGCCAUGAAAAUCCACCCCAUGGAGUGGCAAGUGUGAAAGAAUGGUUCAAUUAUGUUACUGCCACAAGGAAUGAAGAGUUAAAUCUGCUUCGAAAUGUUGAUGCUAAUAAUACAGAAAGUAGCACAACUGUAAAGAGUUCUAGUCUGUUAAGUGGAUUCAGAGGAGGUUCUAGUUAUAACCAUGAAACGGAGACCAUCUUUGCCCUUCCACGGAUGCAACUGGACUUCAAAUCCAUUCAUGUUCAAGAGCCACAGGAGCCGUCCUUGCAAGAUACCAACAUCAAGCCAAAAGUGGAAUGUAGUGUGGUAACAGAAUUCACUGACCACAUUUGUGUGACUAUGGAUGCUGAGCUAAUUAUGUUUCUUCAUGACUUAGUGUCAGCUUACCUUAAAGAAAAAGAAAAAGCUAUUUUCCCACCUCGACUGUUAUCUACUCGACCAGGACAAAAAAGUCCAAUCAUCAUUCAUGAUGAUAAUUCCUCUGAGAAGGACAGAGAAGAAAGCAUCUCAUAUACUACUGUAGACUGGAGAGAUUUUAUGUGCAAUACUUGGCAUCUAGAGCCUACACUACGGCUAAUUUCCUGGACUGGAAGAAAAAUUGACCCAGUAGGUGUUGAUUAUAUUCUUCAAAAAUUGGGCUUUCAUCAUGCCAGAACCACUAUUCCUAAAUGGCUUCAAAGAGGAGUCAUGGACCCAUUGGAUAAGGUUCUCUCAGUCCUCAUCAAAAAGCUUGGUACCUCACUGCAAGAUGAAAAAGAAAGAAAAGGAAAGGACAAGGAAGAACACUAAAGCGUAACUGUCUAUGAACAAAAUAUAUAUAACUUUGUGUCCGUUAAGUGUACUACACUGAAGGGUUUUAUUGUAUAAUAAAAUUAUUUUCUGUAUAAUUUAAAGAUGAUUUUAAUGAGAUUUUGGCUACUAUGUUCAAACAGUUUGUGAGUUUUUCUGUAUACAGUGAAGUAUUGCAUGAUGAUGUAAAUUUUGUGAAAAAAUAGAUUAAAUAUACAAAUCUUCUGGUUAGCAUUUAUAAUUGUAUUAUGUGCAAUAUGAUUCCUGCAUCCUUAAAAUAUUUGCAGAUUAACUGUGAAUUUUUGUGACUAAUUAGCCAUAACUUUUUUUUUUUUAAUCUUGCUGAUAAUUUGACCUUUUUUGGUUGGUAAUGGCUUUUAUCCCCUUUGGUAAUGUGUAGACUUGUAUAAAUUCCAGUAUGUAUAUAGUUUGAGAAACUGUGUAUGAUUGCAUAGCAUUAAAAUGUUGUUUGUUACAGUUAUAAUAAAAAGCCAUGAUAAUUUCA